AGGCCACUCCUUUGUGAAUGGAACUGAAAGUAACAGGUUUGAUCGGAGGAAAAUGGCUUCCAGUCUGGACCUGUUGGAUUGCUCUAUUUGUCUGCAGCUGCUGGACGAACCUGUGACUACUGCCUGUGGACACAGCUUCUGUAAGAAAUGUAUAAACACUUUCUGGGACACAGGACGAAACCUUGAAGGGAAAUACAGUUGUCCUCAGUGCCGGACAACUUUCAGCCCAAAGCCUGCUCUUCAGAGAAACACAGUCUUGGCUAAUCUGUUGGAGGAGCACAAGAUGAAACCCAGUCAAAGUGCUGCUGGUGAUGAAAAUGAUGUUGCUUUACCAGGGGAUGUGCCGUGUGAUUCUUGCACUGCGAGAAAACGAAAAGCUGAGAUGUAUUGUCUCAUGUGUCUUGCCUCCUUCUGCGAGACACAUGUGCAGCCUCAUUUCCAACUUCCUGUGCUGAAGAAGCACAAGCUGAUUCAGGCCUCUACGAGAAUCAAGGAAAGCAUCUGCUCCCGUCAUGACAGACUUUUUGAAAUUUACUGUCGCACUGAUGAGCAGCUGGUUUGUCCACUUUGUGUGGUACAGCACAAAAAUCAUGACAUUGUGGAAGUCACGGCAGAAGCCAAAGCAAAGCAGGAGGAGCUGGAAAGAACCAGAAAGAAAAUUGCAGAUGCGGUUUGGGUUUCGCAGUGUGAAAUAGGACAGCUAGAGGAAGCAGCAAAAUCUAUUAGAGAUGCUGCUUGGGAGUCAAGUGACAACUUUGAGCAGCGAUGCACCGAACAUCUCCGUUUAUACGCUCACUUUCUGGAAAAGAAAUGUCUUGAGAUGAGAGGCAAAGUUGAAGAGGUAGAGAAAGCUGGAGUUGACUGGACUAACGGUCACAAAGCACGACUGAAGCGUGACGUUCAUAAACUGAAGGAAAUGGAUCAGAAUCUCUGCCAGCUUGCACAAGCAGAUGAUCCCAUUCAGUUCCUAAAGGAUAUUCAAGCUGUGGGUGGCCUCCCUGUGUUUUCAGGUUCACAUGAAGGACCGGCGCCUCUCAAAGAGUUUGUGUCUGCAAAAACCAACCAAUUAAAAAGCAUGUGUGACAAGCAGAAUGUACAAUUAUUUGGCCAUUUUAUGGAUAAUAUAAUGUUGCGUAUUCCCAGAAAGCUUCAUACCAAACCAACAACAAGAAAAGACAUACUGGCCGAGUUUAUAUAUCCUACGCUGGAUCCUAACACAGUGCAUGCGUGUCUAUACAUGGCAAACACCAAGAGAGAGCUAUCAUGGGGAAUAACAGGCCAGGCUCAUCCUGAUCACCCUGACAGAUUCUCCCACUUUUACCAAUCGCUGUGCCAAGACGACCUUCAAGAAAACCACUACUGGGAGGUGGAGUGGGACGGUGGCGUCAUUGAGGUGGCCGUGUCAUAUAAAGGCAUACAAAGGAAAGGGCAGAGUAAAGACAGCUGCUUCGGACACAACACGCUGUCUUGGAAAAUCAUCUGUUCUCCUUCGGGUUGCACUUUUUGGCACAACAGUCUUCAUAAAGGUCUGAUUCCUCCAGCUCAGUCACGUAGAGUGGGUGUGCACCUUGAGUACAAUGAAGGAAAGUUGAGUUUCUACAGCGUUUCGCGCUUUGGCGAGCUCACGCUACUGCACCGAGUCCAGACAACAUUCAGUGAACCUCUCUCUCCUGGCUUUAGUGUGGAUUUAGGAGCGAGCCUAACAAUGUGUACGUUUUAAGCUCUACUUCAACCUUGUUGUCAGGGGACUGAAAUAAGAAACUAAAUAAGCAGUAAAUCUAUUACAAACCGAUUUAUGUGUCAUAGAAUAGUCUAUGUAAACUUAAAUAUUGAUCUUUUUUAGGACUUUUUCAUGUUUAAUCCCAUCUUUAAGAGGGAUAUGUAAGUUCUUGAUGCAUUAUUUUCUGAAAUGAUAGCGAUAAAUGGUACAAUGUUCAACUCAAACAUAAAUGUCACCAUUUGAUGCCUUUUACCAGAUCAUAGAAAAAGCCAAUUUCCAUCUGCAGACCCCUAUUGAUGCAAACAUGUAAUCAUCACUAUCUUGAACUGAGAUUUUUAUUAUUAUUAUUAUUCUGUCAUUAAAGGACUUUGCAGUGAUAACUUAUAGAAAUUCACUCUUUAGUGUGAAUUGGUGUAAGUUUCAAGAAAAUUACACCAAAGUGUGAAUUUCUAUGUGCAUAUAUACAAUGAAAAUGCUUUACCGACAUUAAGAAUAUUUUUAGUGGUUAAAGUGCUCCGCCUACGGGUGGGGCAACGGGUUCUGACUUUUGUUUGUGCUUAUUUGUUUGUACAAUAGUUAAGAUUACCCACCACUUCUUGGAGUCCUUGGACUCCUUAGAAGGGGUACUGGAGAGUGCCCCUCCUGGGGACUCCCUUGCUCUACUGGGGGACUUCAAUGCUCACAUGGGCAAUGAUAGUGAGACCUGGAGGGGCAUGGUUGGGAGAAACGGCCCCCACGAUCUGAACUCGAGUGGUGUUCUGUUGUUGGACUUAUGUGCUCGUCACAGAUUGUCCAUAACGAACACAAUGUUCAGGCAUAAGGGUGUCCAUAUGUGCACUUGGCACCAGGACGCCCCAGGCCACAGUUUGAUGAUCGACUUUGUCAUCGGAUCUGCGGCCGUAUGUCUUGGACACACAGGUGAAGAGAGGUGCGGAGCUGUCCACUCCGGUGGUGGGGGAGG